UGUAUGCUUGUUUCGCUGCUCGACUUAACAGCAAUAGGGUUUAUUUUUCAUUUCAAAGCACUAGGAAGAAGAAGAACGAGACUCAAAGGCUUAGAUUUAGUAUUUUAUUGUGACUGUAAAAUUCCUUUUACGUAGUGGGAUGGACAUCACUAAUUUCCGCGAAGACCAAAGUCGUCGUUGAGCCAUAUUUUAUUCACAGCAGUAUCAGAGCAUUUUUGGUUUGAGAGCGAUUCAACAAGGAUGAAAAAAAAAUAGAAUGGCACGACUAUACCCCACGACGACCAGCGGGUUCUUCUGCCUGCAUGCCGUGUGGUGUAUUGCUGGUCUGGCUGUUGUUUCCACUGCUUCUUCUAGCGGUGCAACUGCCGGGCCCGGAGCAAGUUCUUCUUCGGGCGAUCCCGCCCAGAGAGCAGGAGGAUCAGGAUGGCACAGAAUUAACCUUAAGCUCAAGAAAAACCCGAACGACCCGCCCAGUCCUACACGAGAGGACAGCGACAGCGGAGAUGAAGCUCCUGCUACGUUUUUCGGCGCCGAAGUUGCAAGCGUUGAAGAGCGCGACAACUUUGUCCACCACCUGUGCAAAGGACCCCGGUUACUCUACGUUAGCCCAGAAGCCAGCCUUGUUCGGCGUUUCGAGGUGGACGAUGAAAAGCCACGGAUGAAACUACAAGGGGACAUCAAGCACGAGGAAGACGAUAGCUUUUUGGGCGUGACGAAGGAACAGCUCGACAUGGUAUUGGGGAUGCAUCACUUUUAUGCAUUGCAAAAGUAUCGUGGUACUCGUAUAGAUGCAUUACAAAUUUCCUCAGCAUGAGAAAUAAAAUUUGUCAUGCGGAUUUACCUUCGGAAAAAAAUUUGUAAUGCAUAAAUGCAAUUACUACGAGUACGAUACUUUUGCACAGGAUAAUUUUGGGGUCCUCGGGGAGAACAAUAGUGAGGUGAAUAAAGACGAUGAAGCGCCGGAAGUAGAUAACCAACAUCAAGUGGAAGAACAAAAGCAAGUUGAAAACCUGUUGUACACGACCGCCAGCAUCGGUACAACUCCUGGUCGCAUCACAAUCUGGAAAAUCCCAGCGGUGGUCGCGAAAUCGCCGUGGCUGCAAGUUUUCCACAAGGAGAACUUGAAGAACUGGAACGCAGGCCCGUGUAGGAUGCAGCUGGGCCGCCAAGGCUCUCCGUAUCUGCUGCAGUUUGACGUCGACGGUGAUGUUGAACCUGCUUCGGGUAGUUGUAGUUCAAGUGCAACUGCGAGGACCACAUCUGUUCUUGAGCAGGCGCCGCGGAGGUCAAGGUCGAUGUUGGACAGAGCACUUUUGACGAAGCCCUUCAGGAUCAAGAACUUCAAACGGAAUCAAGAUGGUAAAAGAUUGCUGGACGUGGAUCAGGAUGAAGAGUGGAAGUUCCAAGUUUCUAACCUAGUUCUUGAAGAGUGGAUAGAGCCGCGCCAGACGCGGCAGACAGCACAGACAAGCGAGGGUGGAUGUGGCUGCGGGCAAAAAGAUGACGGCAUUUUGAAAAUCGGCAACGUGGCAGCCGAGGAAUCGGGAAACGGCGCCGGGCUCCUCUUCAUGUUGAGAAUCAUGAACUACGCUCUUCACAAGCCUGCUCAACAACCACACGACAUCGACAGCUGCGAAGAGAUGGCGUCGGGUUCUUGUCUUGCAGAAAUGCGAAUGGGAAGAUCAAGAUCUCCGCUCCGAGCCGGCAUUUCGGAUCUACACUUGGAUGCCGUGCGCGAUGCCCAUGUUUUCUGGGCCAAGAUGGGGUUCGUACCUUUAAUUUCCUCGCCCUCAGCGGAACAAGGUCAAAGCGAAAGCCUUCACUUCGUCCACAGCGUCCUCGUGCCCGCAUUGGCGGCCUCUUCUUCCCGUUUGGAAAAACCUAAAGAUUGGGGCAGCCAGCGAAUGCGUAUGUCGGAGACAGGCUGGAAGAAGUGGGCAAUACUGGAGGAGUUUGCUAGAGAACUCCAAAAAGCAAAACCUACCGUCACGGAAGUGGAGCUCAUUAGAAAGUUGAAGAGCAUGGACGCGUACAAAGCGAUGUCUGAAAGAUUUGAGCACUACCAGGAAGAGUUGGGCGUUGACGUGCCGGCCCUAUUGCGAGGGGGCCCCUGCAGCGACAAAUAGAAAUUUUAUGCUGAUCUUUUUGUUUUUACAUAGGGAUAGGCUGAGGGUCGUAUUUUGUCUCAUGCAUUACUGUCGCAUGAUCACGGAGUUCGAGUUUAGGUUCGGCCACCUUCAACUACUGCUGGCUUUUGUAAUAUUGCUCCCUGUAGGUGUACUCUUGAGCGUGAGUGGUUUUUCUUUUUCGAAUCAAAAAAGUAACGUGUCUUUGUACUUGUUUUGAAACGAAUCGCAAUUUAUAAUUUUUUUCAAAUUUGUAUGAUUCUAUCACGAAAAAUGGGAACCGGAACGACAACAAGAGGGAAUUUCAAUUUUUACUCUGUAGACGAAAUAAUCUUGACGUUUUAUAACUACAAUCCGUGCGAUAUAGUGCUCAUGGUCUAUAGAAGUUGUUGUCCUUAAAGAUGAGUAUUAUGCUUGGAGGAGGGCAACAGCAUUCUUGGCAGGCACCGUUAGAUGGUACCCAAAAGACUAUGGCACGGUCGCCCAGUACAACAUGUGCGAAGCUAUUACACAGGAUAGUAUCAGGCAACGAAGAGAAAUAGAAAUCAUAGCCAUACUGGCCAGUGAGUAACUACUCGCAUCCUUCGGCACUUGAAGCUACGAUGUAGGCACAGAAUAAAAAC